ACUGUGUCAAUAAGAUGCGACAGCGCCACGUACAAACUAAAAGUAAAAAUAAUUCAAAGCCAGUUGGAACUUUUCCUGUUAAUAAACGUAGCGUGCGUGUUUUUGUAGUUCUGGCAAAAAAGUGAACGGUUUUUGAAGGGAAAGUAAAGAGUUCUUCCGAUUAUCGUUACGGUUAAGAUCUGGGUUGAUUCGCUCGUCGGUUUACAUUGGAUUACGGAAACUAUAGAGCACCUGUUGCAUCACGAUGCUGGGUUCUGUUGUUGAUAUGGAUUAUCGUUUUCCAAAAAGGACUGACACAUAAAAAGGUCUAUCGGCUUUCGCGAACAAAUAAAAAACGAACGAUUUGGUGUUUUGUUUUGUGUACGGCAACAAUUGUGUUACAGCGGUGCACGAUAUUUACAAUUCGCAGAGCCUUUUGUGUUGUAACACGAAAAAUCGAGUAAACGUGAAUGGAAUAGGGAUAUUCUUGUUUAAAAGUGUUGUUUAUUGUGCGAAGAAACUAUUACGUCGAUCAUGUAUAAUUAUUUGGAAUCAUGGUUCAAAGGGGGUUCGAAAAAAAGUACCCUCGUCAACAAACCGGGAUCCUUAGCCAGUUCAAGGCCAAAUUCCGAAACAGACCUUGGAGACCCAGACGAACAAGCAUUAGAACAACAAAUAAACGAAAUGGAUGAUAAACAGACGAAUGCAAAGUUUGAAGAAAUGCUGAAUGACAUGAAUUUAAACGAAGAGAAAAAGAAACCGUUAAGAGAUUCAACGAUGGAAUACAAGAAAAAAAUGUUACUAAUGCGAUGUAAAGGUGCAAAUCAAGUUAAAGAGAGCAAAUUCGAUACACCGCAACAAUAUAUUAAUUAUAUAGAAAAUUAUUCCCGAACUGAUACGUUAAAUCCGGGAAAAAUCCUCAGCUGUGUGGAAUCAUUGAGGAUAGCACUGACCAAUAAUACAUUAAGUUGGGUACAUGAGUUUGGAACAAAAGGUCUACUUACAGUCUUUAACAUUUUGAAUUUAGCCACAAAAUGUAACAAAGAUGAGAGAUUCGAAAAGAUACAAGCAGAAUGUUUAAAAUGUAUAUACAAGUUUAUAAAUAAUACAGAAGGUAUUCGCGAAUUUUUAAAACAUGACAGUGGCCACGAAAUUAUAGCAUCUUGUAUAGAUUUUAAAAAACCAACAGUUACAAUCCACGCGCUACAGUUAUUAGCUGCCCUAUGCUUUUUAUCGAAUGACGAUUUAAAAAUUGUUGGGACCGACAAAGUUCUAUCGGCCAUCACAAAGGUUGCUGAAGAACGAAAUAUCGAAAGGUUUAAGCCACUUGUUGAUGGCAUAACGAAUUCAAAAAACGAAGAUUUAUGGUGCGUGUGUCUUCAAUUUAUCAAUGCACUGUUAUCACAGACUGAAGUUUUUGAAUAUCGUGUACAUUUAAGGAACGAAAUAGUUAGAUGUGGAUUGUACGAAAAAUUAGAAACCCUGAAGAGAGAAGCCAGCGAAGACAUCCUUAAACAAUUAGAGUGUUUCGAGAAUCAUAAAGAAGAAGAUGCAGAUGAACUGCAAUCAAGAUUUGAUAAUGUCAAAAUUGAUAUGGAUGAUAUCAAUGACUGUUUUGUGGUGCUAAGGAACAUGAUUUUAGAUACGCCUGCUGAACCAUAUUUUCUUAGUAUUUUACAACAUUUAAUGUUUAUUAGGGACGACUAUUAUGUUAGGACAGCGUAUUAUAAACUUAUUGAAGAGUUAGUAACACAAAUUGUUCUUCAUAAGUCGGGUAUUGAUCCUGAUUUCACAAAAAGGCCUAUUGCUUUUGAUAUACAACCUCUGCUUGAAGGAUUAACGGAAAGAACAACUGAAAUAGAAAAAAAUAACUACGGAGACCUUCAAAAAAGAUUGGAAGAAGCAUUAGCUGCUAAAACCGAAGCCCUGGCCAGAAUUGAUAUACUAGAAGGACGUGCUACAUCAAAUGGCAAACUGGAUCCCGAUUGUGUUAAUAACACAUCAAAAGCAAUAGGUUCAGCACCUCCUCCACCUCCAUUGCCGGGUAUGGGUGGAGCACCACCUCCGCCACCAUUGCCAAAUAUGAGUGGAGGACCUCCACCUCCUCCUCUACCCAACGUGGGAGGACCUCCCCCUCCCCCAAUGCCGGGAAUGGUUGGACCUCCUCCACCUCCAAUGCCGGGAAUGGGACCUCCACCGCCUCCUCUUCCGGGUAUGGGUGGAGCGCCUCCACCACCACCUCCUGGCAUGGGCCCGCCUCCACCUAUGCCAGGAAUGAUCCCUUUAGUAGGAAUGGCCAAUCCUAACGUAUUGCCUCAUGGGUUGAAACCCAAGAAGAAGUGGGAGGUCAGUGGGCCUCUCAAAAGGGCAAAUUGGAAAGCGAUUAUUCCUCAAAAACUGUCCGAAAAAUCGUUUUGGGUAAAAGUACAAGAAGAGAAACUAGCUUCUCCAGAUAUUUUAGAGGGAUUAGCUCAGAAAUUCAGUUCGAAGCCGCCACCCAAAAAAGUCGAAGGUGACGCGCUAGACAGCAGUAAUACUUAUGGUACCUUAAAGAAAGUCAAAGAACUGAAAGUUUUGGAUGGUAAAACAGCUCAAAAUAUAUUAAUUUUGUUGAAUGGGUCUCUGAAGCACAUGUCAUUUGAUGAUAUUAAGAAGUGCUUAUUGCGUUGUGACGGUUCAAUUUUAAUUGGAAAUGUUCUAGAACAACUAAUUCAGUAUUUACCUCCAGCCGACCAAUUGAAUAAAUUAGCACAAUUUAAAGAUUCGUACAAAGAUCUUACGGAAGCUGAACAAUUUUGUAUAAAGAUUUCCGAAAUUAAAAGACUGUUACCACGACUGAAAUCACUCAGUUUUAAGGAACAUUUUACGGAAAUGGUCAACGAUUGUAAACCGGAUAUCGUUGCUGGAACUGCAGCAUGCGAAGAAGUAAAGAAAAGCAAGAAGUUUGCUAAAAUCCUUGAAUUGAUUUUGCUGUUAGGCAAUUACAUGAAUUCGGCGAGCAAAAAUGGACCAGCGUUUGGAUUUGAAAUCAGCUUUUUAACAAAACUUACAAGUACAAAAGAUCUUGAAAAUAAACAAACUUUGCUUCAUUACAUCGUUGAGACUGUGGAAAAGAAAUUCCCUGAACUAUUAGAGUUCUAUGAUGAAAUGCCUCAUAUAGAUAAAGCCAGUCGUGUUUCCUUGGAUGCAAUACAAAAAACUCUAAAGCAGAUGGAUUCCAGCAUCAAAAAUUUGGAAACUGAUUUGCAAAAUAACAAGUUACCGCAGGAUGACCAGGAUAAGUUUUCCGAAAUAAUGGGCUCGUUUGCAAAAGAAGCCCGAGAGCAGUGCCUGGUUAUGCAAAAAAUGUUCAAGAAGAUGGAUGAGCUGUAUAACGAGUUGGCAGAAUAUUACGCUUUUGAUAAACAAAAGUACGUUUUGGAAGAAUUCUUUACGGAUUUGAAAACAUUUAAAGAUAGUUUCAUAGAAGCGAAAAAGGAUAAUGAGCGUGAACGGGAAAUAUUAGAGAAGAACAGAAAAGCUAAAUUGGCGAGAGAAAAGGCAGAAAAAGAGAAACAAGAACGUGCGGCUAGAAAGAAGGCGCUCAUCGACAUGAACCCGUCAGAAACACAAGAGGGCGUAAUGGAUAGUUUACUGGAAGCUCUACAAACGGGUAGCGCUUUUAGCAGAGAACAGAAACGAAAACGAGGUCCUCGGCCUGCAGGUGCUGAAAGGCGAGCACAGUUAGUAAGAUCGAGGUCAAGAACAGGGCUAAUAGCAGGGCGUGAGCUAACAGGGGAAAUAAUUGCGUAAAUAACCAGCUGCCGACUUAAAACUUGUGAUAAUUUUUACAACGAACAGAGAAAAAUUUCGUUCCUUGAAGAGUUUGUAUAUUUUGUCAAAUGAUCAAAUUGUAAAUAUCGUCGAUUGUUUAUACGAUCUUUUGUAUAAUAUAUUCGGGGAAGAAGAACAUUUGUAUUUUAUAUAUAAGUAAAAUUU